GACUGCCAUCACCACCAAUACCUUGACAUCGUCCACGAGUGUGCCUUCAUCCACUCCUACCACAACCACAGAGCCAGCCUCCACUUCCUCCAGAAGCACGAGCCCUCUAUCCAGUAUCCCCACUCCCUACACCACUUCUGUCCCUUCACCUUCCACCAGUACUCCUACCAGGUCCACGACAGAAAUCACCACUCCCACGGACACUGCAGCCCCCACCUCGACCACAACCCCUCUGUCCCCGCCCUCCACUACAGAAACCACCCAGGCUGCUAGCACACACUUGGUGACCACAAUCACCCCCACAACAGUCCAUACCACUGCGAUCCUCACCUCUUCAACCACCUACUCCACCACGAGCACAGCCACAUCUGCAUCCACUGCAUCCCUCCCUGUCUCCACCACUGUGCAGACAUCCACGACUGUACCUCCAUCUUCUGUCAGUACAGAAGCAUCUACCGUGACACCAGCCACCAGUGAGUCCACAUCCGGGAAUCCCGUUGGUUCCUCAACCUUCAAGCCCGACCUCAGCUCCACCGUUACGCUGUCUAGCUCCACCGUUACGCUGUCUAGCUCCACCCUCCCCACCACAGAUAUCAUCCCAUCUUCCCCUACUACCCAUAAUACAAGCACAACCUCUAACAUCAUCACAACCUUAGCCACUGGGCCUAGUGGCACAUCCGUGUUCCCUUCCACCCAAAGUACAGCAACUGCCUUCCUCUCUAGCAGCAUUCCAGCUGCAUCUUUAAGCCCUUCUCUUGUGCCUACCAGCAGUACCUGGACCACUCAGGCAGACAGUACCACCUCAUCUGCCUUGAGCACGUCUAAUUCAAUGCAGGAAACGGCUGAAACCACUUUGGCACCCACCACCACUGAUACAUACACGUAUCAGUCCAGUUCCAUGGGACUGUCCUCCACUGCAGCUUCUACACAAACAGCCAAGACGAGGGACACAACCCUGCUUGCUUCAUCUGCUUUAAGAACCACAGCCACUCCUAUCAGCACCAUUUCUUUAGAGUCUCUCACAACAGAUAUUACUUCUCUUUCUCCAAUCACACCCUCAGUCACUCACACAAGUACAGUCCAUGUUCAGACAUCUCCAGUCUCUACUCCAGUGACCAGUAGUACCUUGACAGCAUCCAGUUUGCCUGUAUCAUUUCCAUCUUUCCCAACCACAGAACUGGUACCCACCGAAACCACAGACACCACCCCUCCAUUUACCCUACCCACAAUCCCUGCCACCCAGGCCAUGUCCACCCCUUCACCUCCGACUGGGACGUUUACCACAGCCAGAACUGAAGUCCCCACUCCCACAUAUACGUCUCCCCCUGCCACCUUGAUCACAGCGUCUCUUAGCACUCCCUCAACCACAGAAGUUGUUAAGACUGGGACCUCAAACAUGGUAACACCACCCACCUCCAUAACAGCUCUCAGUACUUCAGGUGUUUCUCCCUCUUCAGCUUUCCCCAUAUUGAGUACCUCUACUAAUGCGAUAAGUACCCCUUUUGGUACCAUCAUCUCCUCUUCAAUACCUGCAAUAACAAUAUCAUCUCUAUCUUCUACCAGCCCAAGUUCAGAGACCUCCACAACAAGUAGUUCUUUUUCUACCUCCUCUCAAGCGUCCAGCACAGAAAUCACAGGCCCUUCCUCUGUCACUACCUUUCCUACUUUUUCAUCAACUGAAACGACAAGAACUUCCCCCACCGUGACUUCCCUGACAACCUCUCCCACCCGAACGACAACCAUGCUGACUCUGUCUUCCACCACCCCGUGUCCAGAAUCCAUAUCAGUUACAAUAGUGUCUGCUUCUCCCACUACACCAUGUAUAGAAGUGGGUCCAAACACCAAUGUUACCUCUACACCCACCGUUCCAUUGUCAGUUUUUACCUCUACUACUGAGAUGGCCACCUCUCCCAGUUCCACAACCAUGACAACUCUCUUCCCUGUGAAACCGGACACUUCCACUUCCUUUCUGGAAACUCACCCCACCAACCAGACCGCUGCUCCUGGUUCUAUCAGCACUGGAACCACUCCCAUUAGCAUGGUUUUCCCGAGCACACAAAGAUCCACCACUGGGACCUGGAUCAGCACCAGCUUUGUAACUACCCCACGUGUAACGGGCUUCACUAGCCUCCCACCGACCGUGAAGCCAAGUAGCAGCUCUUCAUCUUCCAUCGUGACUACAAGCAAGUUGACAGCCCCCAGCCCAGCCAUCAGCAGUACUUCAGGGAUACCAGCGAGCACCACCAAGACUCUCUCCACCGUUACGUCAUCCAGGACAACUUCAACCACAACCCAGACGACCACACAGUCCAGGCAGACCACCACCCCAGACCGUUGUGACAAUGGUGGCACCUGGACACAGGACCACUGCUCCUGCCUUAGCACUUUCUAUGGCCCCAAAUGCGAGUUCGCUGUGGAAGAGAUAAAUACGGACAAGGUGGACGCUGAAGUGGGCAUGGAGGUGUCUGUCAACCAGGAGUUCUCCCCGGACCUCAAUGACAACAGUUCUAAGGUCUACAAGGAUUUCACGAAAGCCUUCCAGGAUCAGAUAAAGAAGAUUUACCAAAACGUGCAGGGAUUCAAGGAGGUGCAGAUCCUUUCUCUGAGGAAUGGCAGCAUCGUGGUGGAAUAUCUAGUCCUGCUGGAGUUACCCUUCAGCACCCAACUGGAGGAGGAGUAUGAGAAGGUGAAGGUGGCCUUGAAGGAGGAGCUCCAGAAUGUCAGCCAGGACGGGGACAACUGCCAGAAUGACCAGGUCCUGUGUUUUAAGCCUGACUCCAUCAAGGUGAACAACGCCACCAGGACGGAGCUGUCACCGGAAGCUAUCUGUCGCCGCGCUGCUGCCAAAGGUUACGAGGAUUUCUACUUCCCUUUCCUGGAGGAGAACCAGCUCCGCUGUGUCACCAAUUGCACGGCCGGCGUGGAAGGCGCCAUUGACUGCCAUCAGGGCCAAUGCGUUCUGCCGAAGAGUGGUCCUUCUUGCCGCUGCUUCUCCACGGACACGCACUGGUUCUCGGGCCCGCGCUGCGAGGUGGCCAUCUCCUGGAAGGCGCUGGUCGGGGGCCUGGCGGGAGCCGGGGCCCUGCUUCUGUUGCUGCUGGUGGUGGCGCUGAGCGUGUUCGUUGUGCGCUCCCGGAGGAGGGACAGGCAAGGCCAAGGCAGGGACGACAGGAAGUGGUUCGAGACCUGGGAUGAGAACACUGCGGGGACUUUUUCUAACUCGGGCUUCGAAGAUGACAUUAAUGAAGAAAACUUCCAUGUGGCCUUGGACACCGUGGACACCAAUGCCACGGUGUAUAUUGACAGACCUGAAGUGGCCUUGUCCUCACUGUGAGCCCACAUUGCCCUCUCCACCUGCCCAGACAGCAGAGAGAACCAUCUGCACUGCAUUUGGAGAGAUGGCUGCAGGCUUUUGCAGCUCAGUCUUCUGGUUUCCUAGGGCAUAACAGACCUCCAUCUACCCUCAUCCCCCAGCUUGGGUAAAAUCUACCUGGAGACCCAGUUCAAAUCCACACUCUUCCACUGUGGGACCUUGGGCAAAUCAAUAACUUCUCCGAACUUCGGUUUUGUCAUCUGUAAAGUGCAAGUGGCCCACUCCUCCUGACACCUCCUGUGGGUUUCAGUAAAGCCAGGUGUCCUGGGUCCGACCUCUGUCCAAUGCACCUUCCUGUUGGCCUUCAUCUCAUAUGGCUUCACUCACAUCCCAGUUCCCAUGUCCUUCCCCGAGGCUCGCGCCUCUGUCUCUCCUUUUCCUGUGUGCACCCCUACUGCCAGCCAGGUCCUCCCCCGGUACCUGUAAGCAGCCUGCAGCCUGUCCCAGCCUCUUACCCUGUCCUCCUGUAACUCCCUGCUGUGCCCCUCCACCACUUCUUAACCCUCUCCCCUCUGAACCCACUUCUUCUUAAGUCCCUCCUCCCCCACACUCCUGCCCUGUGUCUCCCUGUUCCUAUACUUUCCCCUUCCUCCUCUUUCUACCCUCAACCCUAAAUGCCCCCUGCCCCCCACAUCUCCGUGCCCCACUCCUAAAUCCUCGCUCCUCCCCACCUCCCCUCCCUAGGUAGGUACAGAUGCCCUCUGCAUCUUAGGACCCCCAACUGGUGUUCUCUAGGCCAGGCCCCCCAUUCUGAGUCCCCAUCCUUCCUGUCACCCCUAAGGGCCCUGGAUCCCGGUGGGUGGAGGGUGGCAGGCAGGUUCCCAGGUCCCUGAAGAUGAGGGGAAGAGGGGCCCUGAGGUGGGAAAGCUCCCUCAGCCCCUCCUCCCUGUUCCCCUAACUCUUCCUCUUCUCUCUUAGUGCCCCCCAUUUCCUACCCCUCCCGACCUCUCCUCCCCUUUCCUCUCCCUGGUUCAUCCCCAUCUCUGCUAUGACCUGUGAAGCCAGAAGCCCAGCCUUCCUUUGCAGGAAGACCUCACUUGGGGACAGGAAGUCUGCAAGUCUCCAGUUCACCCAACUGUACAUAAUGUAAUAUUUGU